AGCCUCCUGCUCUUACUCUCCUUCUUCUCUUCCUCUCUCUCGCUCCAUCACGGCCAUGGCGGCAGCAUCGACCGAAGGAGCUCCGACGGCGGCGGCGGCCAUGGAGACAGAGGGCCGUCUUCCUCCUCGCCCUCAGUUCGAGGCGUUGAAGGCCCACGAGAUGACCGACGGCAAGCCCCAGUUCCGCAAGGUCGUGGUCCCCUCUCACAGAUUCUCGCCGCUGAAGAAGAACUGGAUGGAGAUCUACACUCCGGUCUACGAGCAUAUGAAGAUCGAUAUCAGGAUGAAUCUCAAGGCCAGGAAAGUAGAGCUAAAAACUCAAAAAGACACCCCAGACGUCUCAAACCUUCAGAAAUGUGCGGAUUUUGUCCAUGCCUUCAUGCUAGGAUUUGAUGUCGCAGAUGCCGUGGCCCUUCUCCGACUUGAUGAUCUCUACGUAGACGCCUUCAUGCUAGGAUUUGAUGUCGCAGAUGCCGUGGCCCUUCUCCGACUUGAUGAUCUCUACGUAGACUCUUUCGAGAUCAAGGAUGUCAAGACACUUCGAGGGGAGCACCUUUCUCGUGCAAUUGGCAGGCUUUCGGGAAAAGGGGGCAAAACAAAAUUUGCCAUUGAAAAUUCUACUCGUACUCGUAUAGUUAUAGCUGAUUCCAAAAUUCAUAUUCUGGGUUCCUUUUUGAACAUAAAGGUUGCUAGAGAUUCACUUUGUAGUCUCAUUUUAGGAUCUCCUGCAGGCAAGGUCUAUUCCAAGCUCAGAGCUGUGUCUGCAAGAUUAGCAGAGAAGUAUUGAUGGUGUGCAUUAUUUAUGAAAAAAAAAUGUUAAAUGAGUUUUUAUGUUUGAGUGGAUAAAAAAAUUUUGGUUAUCUAUAUUUCGGAGGAGUUAAGUAUUUGAUAUGCAGCUGUCUACUUAUUCAUUAU